GCUCUCUCUCUCUCCUCAACGCCAAAACUCCAUCUGCCGCAACAAAACCCAUCUCUCUCUCUCGCUCUCUCACUCAUAUAUCACUUAGGAAUGGCCUACUGCUCACUGUCCACAUCAAGACUCCAAAACAUUUUCUCCCACUCUUCUUGCUUCCUGUUUUCUUCUCCUCCUCUCCCUUCCUCUCAUGGAUUCUUGGGCUUUUUUUUCUUACAGCCUGUUCCUUUGCCAAUUGGCCAUCGCUCAUCUUCACUCUGCUGUCGCUCCAUCUCACUAAGGCCUCUGCAAUCCAUGGCUGCCUCCUCUGCUCAGAGCUCAGCUCCUGCAAUGGCCAAUCGCACCGGAAGUAAACAAGCAUUGAUAUCCUUGUCAGACAAGCGAGACCUGGCUUUCCUUGCCAAAGGACUUCUAGAUUUAGGGUAUUCGAUUGUUUCAACUGGUGGAACAGCAUCUAGUUUAGAAAAAGCUGGAAUUCCUGUAACUAAAGUGGAAGAAAUUACUCGCUUCCCGGAAAUGCUUGAUGGUCGUGUAAAAACUUUGCAUCCUUACAUUCAUGGGGGCAUACUAGCAAAAAGGGAUGAGUGUCAUCACAUGGAAGCUCUAAAUAUGCAUGGGAUUGGAAUGUUCGAUGUUGUGGUGGUAAACUUGUACCCUUUUUAUGAGAAAGUUUCUUCUUCUAGCCAAAUCGCAUUUGAAGAUGGUAUUGAAAACAUCGAUAUUGGUGGACCUGCCAUGAUCAGAGCUGCUGCUAAGAAUCAUAAGGAUGUUCUGGUCGUUGUUGACUCCAAAGAUUAUCCAGAUCUUUUAGAUUAUUUAGGGGGUAAAGAAGAAGGACAGCUGUUCCGCAGGAAGCUGGCAUGGAAGGCAUUUCAGCAUGUUGCAUCUUAUGAUUCGGCAGUGUCAGAAUGGUUAUGGAAGCAAUCCGGAGGGGAUAAGUUCCCUCCGAGCUUUACUGUGCCUCUCUCACUGAACUCAUCACUUAGAUAUGGUGAAAAUCCCCAUCAGAAAGCUGCAUUUUAUGUUGAUAAAAGCCUUUCUGAGGUGAAUGCUGGUGGAAUUGCUACUGCUAUACAACACCACGGAAAGGAAAUGUCAUACAAUAACUAUUUAGAUGCAGAUGCAGCUUGGAACUGUGUCUCGGAAUUCAAGAACCCCACUUGUGUGAUAGUGAAGCACACGAAUCCAUGUGGGGUGGCAUCGAGGACUGAUGCUUUAGAAGCUUAUAGACUGGCAGUGAGAGCAGACCCAGUCAGUGCAUUUGGUGGGAUAGUAGCAUUUAAUAUUGCAGUGGAUGAGGCUCUAGCUAAAGAGAUAAGGGAGUUCAGAAGCCCAGUAGAUGGUGAAACACGAAUGUUUUAUGAGAUUGUGGUUGCUCCCGAGUACACAGAAAAGGGUCUGGAGGUUCUUAAAGGCAAGUCAAAGACUCUGAGGAUCCUGGAGGCAAAGAAAAAUGAGAAAGGGAAGCUCUCCCUUAGACAAGUUGGUGGAGGGUGGUUAGCUCAAGAGUCUGACGAUCUAACCCCACAAGACAUUGAAUUCAAUGUUGUCUCCAAAAAGGUUCCUGAAGAAGCUGUGCUUCGUGAUGCUGAAUUUGCUUGGCUAUGUGUUAAGCAUGUGAAGAGCAAUGCCAUUGUAUUAGCCAAGAGACCAUAACUGUUUGAUCCCGCAUUGUGAGCCCAUUUCGGAAACGACAGCUGAAGCUCUAUAAUGCCACAACCAGCUAUGCUGGUUUUGCCCAACAAAUCGUGCCAGAAAAAGGCCUCUAAGGGCUUCAACACAGCCCACUACAUCACCUGGGUGCUCCCAACGAGAGAUAGCGAUGGAGGGUGGACACACCAUUCAAAUUAUGUGAUAUUCUAGUGCAACUCACUCUCUCCCUCACUAUCCCAGGUGAUGAAUGUAAGGGCUUUGAUUGUUCCAUGGUCCUUGGGAUUGAAGUAUGCUUUUUCAUUUGAUAUGAGAUGCCAUGCUAUUAGGAAAGUUCGAUUUGGGAUGCUGUCAUGUAUUUCCUUAGUGAGCUCCACUAGCUGUUGGGAGUGAUAUAUAUAUUCAUGCUUAUAGAAAAUAAAAAAGAAGAUCCCUGUGAGGCUGUUGUUGCGAUUAUGUCGUAUCUUGAGUAUGACAGUGCUUGUAUGAAAAUAUGUGGGCUUGAUAGCAGAUAAGUCAUUUUGUUCUUUCAUUCAAGAUAACCAUGAAGUAUUAAGUUGUAUUUUCAAAGACUUAAAAAGUUUCUUGAGACCCUGAAAGAGAAAAAAGGGAAAUGAAUCUUAAUCUGUUUGUUUCUUGUAUGAGGAUGCUUAUUUCUUUCCACAUCUGUUCGUCCAAAUUUCCAAUUUAUGAGUUUUGGG